AUGCCGGCCGUCGACGAGCCUCCUUCCGAGCGGAAGCAUACGAGCAGUUCUUACAGAGAUGAAUUGGCACAUUACAAAGCCCAGUAUGAAUCUCUCGAGGCAGAGCUUGCGGACUUCCAGUCCUCCAGCCGGGAGCUGGAGACGGAGAUGGAGAAGGACAUCGAAGCCUCGGAAAAGCGGGAGCGGCAACUGAAGGAAAAGCUUGACACAAUGCGAUACGAGGUCGAAGAGUGGAAGACAAAAUACAAGCAGUCUAAGACCGAAGCCAACACUGCGCAAAAUAAUUUGCAGAAGGAGAUCACCACUCUGCGAGACGCAAACCGUACCUUGCAGCUAAGGUUGCGAGAUAUCGAAGUUGCCAACGAUGACUACGAGCGACAAGCCCGAAACACCACCUCGUCCCUGGAGGACAUGGAGUCCAAAUACAACAUCGGAAUCGAGCGCGGGGUCUUGUUGGAAGAAGAAAUCAGGAAUGGGGAGCAAGAAAGGGAGCAGCUACGGAUUGACAAUCAGCGCCUGCGCGAUGAGCUGUCCGACCUGAAGAUCGAGGCUGAAAUCGUUCAAGAGAAACUUCGGAACGCCGAGGGUCACGGCUUCCGUCGUCGCAAGCCCACUCCUCUGUACCACCGCAGCCCGUCCACCCCUCAGAAUUUGGAGAUCUUUGAUCGCUCUCCUGGCACCGCUACAUCUUCCCCAGUCUUUGCCACACCGCCCGCCAAACCAUCCCUUGCGUCUGCGGCUGCCACCCCGCCUUCGCCCCCUAUCUCCGAAUCGUCUGUGAACAUGCGCAAAUCGAUCAACGCACACACUACACCCAGUUUCCCCCGGCAGAGAGCUGCUGGCGCGGAGCCGGUGAACUCUCGCACCCUCCACGCUCGGACUCAGCCACGCACCACUCACUCCCGAACCCCUUCUCUUGCUUAUAGCAAUGGCGCCUACAGCAAUGGCAAUGGCCGCCCCACCCCUUCUAUGUCGAUCUCGUCUCGCAACAGCUUGACGAGAAUGAAUACAUCGCGGCCACCAGGGCUCCCGAAGUCUGGAUCAUUGUUCCAGAUCCGCGGCUUGAUUGGCAAGAUGCAAAAACUCGAAGAACGCGUUCAAUCAGCCAAGUCACGCUUACCCGCCCCGUCUGACACCUCCUCUCUUGGCUCACCGCGCUCCGGCUCUGUGACUGGUGACAGCCCUGUCCCCUCAUCGAUCACAGUCCGCAGAAACUCUCGCAAGCGACUGAGUAACAGCAGUCUGGGCUCGUCUGUACGGGACAGCGAAGGCACUCCAUCUUAUACCCCACAAGGUCGCCAGUCAUUUGGACGAACAGGCGAGAGUCGCCCAAGCAGCCGAACCAGCUUCUCCAGCCGUAGCUCUUUCAGUAAAAGUGUUCAUUCUGGUGUACCCGUGAAUGGUCGACCCGAAAGCCGAUCGAGCCGCCCAGGCGCCAAAACGCCACUGGGCCAUUACUCGACAAACCCGAUGACAGAAGGCCGCCGGCCUCGGUCGUCUCUCAGCAACCACGCUGGUCAGCUCCCCAAUAUUGCUGGAAUGUGUCUCAUCGAUGAGGACAGUGACAAGGACAUCGAAAUCUCGACACCGACAACGUCCCGUGUCCCCCGCGAUACUCAUAUUCGACGGCCCUCUGUUGUUGCGGCAGGCUCCACCCCCGGAGUGAAGAAGCGAACCACCAGUGGAAUUCCAGCACCGCGAAGCUUCAAGACUAGCAUCGGACCCGGUACCAUGCCGCCACCAAACCGGAAGCCCCAAGUCAGUGACCUGGGGGAAACAUUCUGA